AUGGUUGUUUUCCAAGACAAGUAUCUACCUCCCACUGCUAGAGAGAGAUUGAGGCAAGAGUUUCAAGACCUCAAGCAACUUAACCUAUCUGUGGCCGAGUUUGAGGCAGCCUUAACUAGUUUGUCCCAGUUUACGCCGGAGUUGGUGGCAACGCAAGAGCACCAUUGGAUAGAAUAUGAGAAGAGGUUGAGAACUAAAAUUUUGUUCAAAGUUGCCAGAAAUAUGAUUCAAAACUACGACUGUCUUGUGGAGGCGGUGGCACAUAUAGAGAUUACUAUGCAGGCCGAGCAGGAGAGACUUCAGGGUUCGAGGUCUAGGGGCCAGGAGCCACAGGGAGAUUUUAGACCCAGUAAGAAGAACAGGGGCACCUUUUCGUCCCAGUCCCAACCACAGCAGUCUAGAUCUACUUUUCCCUUGCCUAGUGCGGGCCCGGGGAAGAAUGCAUCGGGUAAUUUCUCGUGUUUCAAGUGUGGCCAACCGGGUCACAAGGCCUUUUCAUGUCCACAAAACGAAGGAGGGCAGCAGAUGUUACCACCACCACCACCUAACCGAUCUCAGAGUCAAUUUCAGAAUAGAGGCCAAGGACUUACUUAUUUUUAG